AUGGCUCUACGUAUGUCCGUACAGUUCCCGAUAACCUCAGCCUUCCUGUUACCCGCAAAAGCCGGUCACGUUAACUCAUCCGUACGGUUGAAACCGCCAUGUGCCUGUAACCAUUCAGUUUCCCGGUUCCAGCCCAGACGGCCCCUAACAGACACGAGGAGCAAGCAAUCGCUUCUCAAAGCCGUUGACGAAAGCCAAGCAAAUUCCGAGUCCGGGCCCGAAUCGGUGAGCACCCAGCAGAAAGAAUCGGCGGGAGAUGGAGAAUCGGCGGCGAGCCAACCCGUCGAGUUGAGCGAGUUGGGGAAGGAGAUCAAGGAGGCUAUGCAGAAGAGGAAGGAGGAGAAAGAGGGAGACUUUCUGAGCGGAGUGGCGGAUGAGGUUAGGGAGAUCGAGUGGCCUGCGUUCGCGAAGGUGUUGGGGACCACUGGUGUGGUGCUUGGGGUCAUUGCUGGCUCCAGCGUCGUUUUACUUACUGUCAAUGCCGUUUUGGCUGAGUUUUCCGACCGAGUUUUUGCCGGCAAAGGGGUUCAGGAUUUUUUCAGCUGA